GCGCCCGGGGUGGAGGGGGGGACGCCGGGACUGUUGGUUCUCCGCCGCCGCUGCCACUGACACCACCGAGGUUCCCCGCAACCCCGCGCCCCGCGUCCACGCACCGCGCGCCCCUCACCAUGCGCGAAAUUGUGCAUCUCCAAGCCGGCCAGUGCGGGAACCAGAUUGGGGCCAAGUUCUGGGAGGUCAUCAGUGAUGAACACGGCAUCGACCCCACGGGCACAUACCACGGGGACAGCGACUUGCAGCUGGAGAGAAUCAACGUUUACUACAACGAGGCCACAGGAGGAAAUUAUGUCCCGAGAGCCGUGCUGGUGGACCUGGAGCCUGGAACCAUGGACUCCGUGCGUUCUGGACCUUUCGGCCAAAUCUUCCGACCUGAUAACUUUGUAUUUGGCCAGUCCGGAGCAGGUAACAACUGGGCCAAGGGCCACUACACGGAGGGUGCAGAGCUGGUGGACGCCGUCCUGGACGUGGUUCGGAAGGAGGCAGAGAGCUGCGACUGCCUGCAGGGCUUCCAGCUCACCCACUCCCUGGGCGGAGGCACCGGCUCGGGCAUGGGCACCUUGCUCAUCAGCAAGAUCCGCGAGGAGUUCCCCGACCGCAUCAUGAACACCUUCAGCGUGGUGCCCUCGCCCAAGGUGUCUGACACGGUGGUGGAGCCCUACAAUGCCACCCUGUCGGUGCACCAGCUGGUGGAGAACACGGAUGAGACCUACUGCAUCGACAACGAGGCCUUGUAUGACAUCUGCUUCCGCACCCUCAAGCUCACCACCCCGACCUACGGGGACCUCAACCACUUGGUGUCGGCCACCAUGAGCGGCGUGACCACCUGCCUGCGCUUCCCGGGCCAGCUCAACGCCGACCUGCGCAAGCUGGCCGUCAACAUGGUGCCGUUCCCGCGCCUGCACUUCUUCAUGCCGGGCUUCGCACCCCUGACCAGCCGGGGCAGCCAACAGUACCGGGCCCUCACAGUGCCCGAGCUGACACAGCAGAUGUUCGACGCCAAGAACAUGAUGGCCGCAUGCGACCCGCGCCAUGGCCGCUACCUGACAGUGGCCGCUGUCUUCCGAGGCCGCAUGUCCAUGAAGGAGGUGGACGAGCAGAUGCUGAGCGUGCAGAGCAAGAACAGCAGCUACUUCGUCGAGUGGAUCCCCAACAACGUCAAGACGGCCGUGUGCGACAUCCCACCCCGGGGCCUGAAGAUGGCAGCCACCUUCAUCGGCAACAGCACGGCCAUCCAGGAGCUGUUCAAGCGCAUCUCGGAGCAGUUCACGGCCAUGUUCCGCCGCAAGGCCUUCCUGCACUGGUACACGGGCGAGGGCAUGGACGAGAUGGAGUUCACCGAGGCCGAGAGCAACAUGAAUGACCUGGUGUCCGAGUACCAGCAGUACCAAGAUGCCACCGCCGAGGAGGGCGAGUUCGAGGAGGAGGCAGAAGAAGAGGUGGCUUAAGACAGAGACCUCGCUAGCUGCAUGUCUCGAGCCUCCCCCCUUUGCACCCCGAAUCCACCUCGCCAGCUCUCCCAGCUUUAAACACCCUGACUUUGGAAUCCCCCAAGCCCCGUGUGCAAUGAUCCAGGCAUUGGCUUCUCCACCCUAUUCGACUCCCAUUGCACCCCCCAGAUUUAGGACAGAGACCCUCUUUUCUUUUCCCAUCCAGUUCCCAGGUUUUCCUCCACCUGCCAGAGGUCUUGCCUCUCUCUUUGCUCUCAUGAGCUCUUCUCCCCACCCCAAAAACUGGCAUCCCCCCUUAGCUCUUAGUAACCUUGGCUUUCUGGAGAGGAAGAGAGAGAUGCUGUGGGUGGUGAGGGGCCAAAAUAAGAGGAGAAGGUCUUGGAGAAUUGCAGAAGUAGGUAAGAAAGCAAACCCACCGCUCCUCUUGUUUUACCUUCAAUAAAGAAAUAGUUGCCCCA